AUGUCAUCCAAGUUGGAUAUUCAUUCCACUCUCACGCUCAAUGACGGAACUAAAAUUCCCUUGAUUGGUCUCGGAACAUGGAAAUCCGAACCACAAAAAGUGAAACAAGCCGUUAUUGCAGCCAUUGAAUGUGGUUAUCGACACAUUGAUUGUGCCGAGCUCUAUGGCAAUGAAAAAGAAAUUGGUGAAGCACUUCAAGAUGUCCUUGAUCGAGGAGUUGUAACGAGACAAGAUUUGUGGAUUACAUCAAAAUUGUGGAAUACUCAUCGACGACCUGAACAUGUUCGACCUGCUCUUGAAAAGACUCUUUCAGAAUUGAGAAUUACUUAUUUGGAUCAAUAUUUAAUUCACUGGCCUUUAGCAUUCCAAUAUGCUGGAAAUGAAUUGAAAGACUAUUCCUGUAUUGUUCCAAAAGAUGAAAAAACUCAAGUUGUGAAAUUAGAUUUCGUUCCCAUUCGUGACACUUGGCGUGAAAUGGAGCAAUUGGUGAAAGAUGGCAAAGUCAAGUCCAUUGGUGUCUCCAAUUUCAGUGUGAGUGAUGUUUCAGCUCUACUUUCAGAACCUGGCAUUUCCAUCAAACCAGCUGUGAAUCAAAUUGAAGUGAAUCCCUAUUUUCCUAAUUCGAGACUCAUCGAAACCAUGAAAUCAUCUCUCUUUGGUGGAAUUCAAAUUGUUGCCUAUUGUCCAUUAGGAAGAGGUGCCGUAUUGGAAGACGCCAUCAUUCAAGAAUUGGCUCAGAACUAUAAACGAAGUCCUUCACAGAUUAUUUUGAGAUGGGGUCUUCAGCGGGGUGUGGUUCUACUCCCAAAAAGUACAACUCCUGAAAGAAUUAAGGAAAAUAUUCAACUUUUUGAUUUUGAACUCUCUGAAGAGGAUGUGAAGAGAAUUACCAACGAGUUGGGAAAGAAGAGAAAGAGAAGCGUGGAUCCUAUUGGGUCAUGGGGAAUUUCUGUUUUUGAGGAUUAA